UUGUUCCGUAAGGAGAGAGAACGACGUCUCCGGCAUGGCUUCGGCAGGGAGUUCCGUCCUCAGUAUCCAAUACGCCGACGAGGACCCUUCAGCCGGGGAUGGGGGGCUUCAGUCAAAGGAUCCUGAUGGCUCAGGAUCUCAGACGUCAGGGUCCUCGAGUAAGGCGUUCGCUGGAGAAGCCCGAGAAUGUUGGGCCGCCCGCUAUACCUUUGCCCUCAUGGCCUUCCUGGGCCUCGCCGUCGAGUAUUCGCUGCGCGUGAACCUCUCCAUCGCCAUCGUGGCCAUGGCGGGCACGAGCGAGGUCAGCGCCACAAGCAACGCCUCACAAGACGUCUGUCCUCUCACGAAUAAUGGCACGGAUUCGGGAGGAAAACAGACGGAAGGGGAGUUCGACUGGGACGAGCAGACGCAAGGCUUGGUUCUCGGGGCCUUCUACUACGGCUACACCCUCACGAACCUGGUGGGCGGGCGGGCGUCGGAGCACUUCGGAGGGCGUCUGGUCUUCGGCCUGGGGGCGGCCACGUCGUCCUUCAUCUCCCUCCUCUCCCCACUGUGUGCUAGGACCUCCACAGGACUCUUCAUUGCCUCGAGGGUCCUCAUGGGACUUUCACAGGGGGUCACGAUGCCAGCGCUGAAUUCCCUGAUGGCGACUUGGUAUCCCCCUGAAGAGAGGGCCAAGUUUGGGCCUUUGAUUUACGGAGGCAUGCAGUUUGGCACCAUCGUCUGCCUUCCGGUGAGUGGCUGGUUGAGUGCCUCGGGGUUCCUUGGAGGUUGGCCAUCAGUCUUCUACGUCUUUGGAGCCCUAGGACUAUUGUGGGGGGUUCCUUGGUUCCUGCUGGUGCACAACCGGCCAGAGAGCCACCCGGGGAUAUCCGCGGCGGAGCUGGAAUUCAUCGCUGGCCACAGGAACACGGUGAAGAAGUCGGAGAUAGUGGCCAUACCCUGGAGGGCGAUUAUUACCUCGGGUCCGGUGUGGGCGUGCGUGGUCAUGGCUUGGGGCGGCUGCUUCGGGUUCUACGCCCUUUUAACGGAGCUGCCAACGUACCUCGCCAACAUCCAGCACUUCGAUAUGAGCAAUAGCGGCGUUCUCUCCGCCCUGCCCUACGUGUGCCUGUGGGUCAUCGCCUUGCUUUGGGGCGCCCUUAUGGAUAGACUCUACGCUUCGGGCCACCUGUCUGUCAGAAGGAUUAGGAGGCUUUCUACAGCUUUUGCCAGUUACACGCCCGCAGUCGCUCUGGUCGUCAUGUGCUUCGUGAACUGCAAUUCCACCCUGGCCAUAGUCGUCCUGUGCGUGGCCGUAGGAUGCACCGGAACCUCCUACAGCGGGAGCAUCCUUACGGAACAGGAUAUCGCUCCCAACCUGGCGGGGACGCUCGUAGGAAUCACCAACACCGUAGGAUCUGUCACGGGGUUCAUUGCUCCGGCUGCGGUCGGCGCCAUCACGAAGGGAAAUCAAGGGUCCCUGAGCGCCUGGAGGACGGUGUUCGUCGUAGCCAUAGCAACUUACGUGGUCACGACAACUCUCUACCUUUUCCUCAUGUCAUCCGAUGUCCAGGCGUGGAAUGAGCCGAGAGAGGUCAAGAAAGAGGUCAAAGAAGAGACGAGAUUCUGAAAAAGCCUGCACGUACUUU